AUGACUAACACUAGGAGUCCUAACAAUGAGAGUGCUUGUCACCUGUUUGCAUGUUGCCGAGAAGCGAAGAAAGCAUAUAGCAUGGUUGGUCUGCCGAACCUUCCUGUAAUGGGUAAUAAUGUGCAAGACUGGUUUUUUGAUUGCCUGAAUGCAUUGCAUAAUGAGUUGAUUGCUAAAUUUGUAAUUAUUUGCUGGGGUAUUUGGUGCAGCCGCAAUGAGUGUGUGUGGCAGGGAGCUUCUUUUGACUUGAGCUUAAUGUUGAGACAUUCUUUAUUAUUCCUUGAGAAUUGGAGUGCUGCUAAUACUAGUCCAAUUGUGAAUCAAGGCCCUAGAAGUGUUGUUAGAUGGGAGAAGCCGCAAAGAGGAAGGCUAAAAAUGAAUACAGAUGCUGCAAUUAAUCAGACCAAAGGGAUCACGGGAUUCGGUUGGCUCCUUAGAGAUCAUGAUGGUCAUUUUCUAGGUGCGAAGAAUCUGCGUGGGCAAGGUAUUUAUGGUCCAAAGGAGGCCGAGGCUAUUGGAAUGAGAGAGGCUCUGAGCUGGUUAAAGGAUACAUGUCUAGGCGAAGUUGACGUGGAAACGGAUUCCCAACUAGUUUUUAAAGCAAUAUCUGGUCAUGACUUUACUUCUGCUUUUGGUUUAAUAAUAUGUGAUAUUAAAGAAUUAGCAUCUCAGAUUAAUGAUGUUGAUUUUUGUUUUGCUAAGCGAUCUGCGAAUCGCGCCGCCCAUACUGUUGCUCGGGAGGCCGUUUAUGAGUCAGAUUGCGGGGAGUGGUUUGAUACUCCUCCUAUUUUUCUUAGAGAUUGUAUUCUUGAUGAUUUAAUGAAUUAA